AUGGCCGACUCCGUAUCCGACACGUCUGCUUCGCCUGCGGGCAGCUCCAAGAGGAGUCGCGUGGCCAAGUCGGUAUCCCGCAAUGCGCAAGCCGUCCUGUCAAAGGGCAUCGUCUAUUUCCUCUCUCACCGAUCCCUCUGGCGGCCCUUCCUCUCCUGCCUCCCCCAAUACCUAGCCCUCUACGUCUCCGUCGUGGUCGGCAUGUUCAGCUUCACCUACGUUCCCCAGCUGGCCGUCCUCUUCUUCGUCGACGGCCCCCUGGCAGUGGGCACCGCCAUCCUCCUCGUGCUCAACGAGAGCGUCACCGUCGUCAACGCCUUGGCGAGGCAGUACCUCCUCCGCGACGCCCUGGUCAACACGUUUGACGGCACCCUGCUCACGCGGAAUAAGACGGGCAUGGUCCAGGAGGGCCGCGAGGUCAAGUUCGGCGGCGGGCUGGACCCCAUCCAGAAGCUGGGCAAGCUGGUCAAGAGCCCGUUUGACGGCUUCGGCGUCAAGUCGCUGCUCCGGUACUUCCUGUAUCUCCCGCUCAACUUCAUCCCCGUGGUGGGGACCGCCGCCUUCUUCUUCUUCCAGGCUCGUUCUCGUGGGGGGACGGUUCAUGAUAGGUUCUUCCAACUCAAGAAGUGGGCGCCUUCUCAGCGGGUAGAUUGGCUGGAGACGCACAAGGGACCUUACACGGCCUUCGGAAUAGUCGCCGGUCUUCUUGAGAUGAUUCCCGUCGCUUCAGUCUUCUUCACAUACACCAAUACCGUCGGAGCCGCGCUCUGGGCCGCCGACAUUGACGCCGUCGAUGCCCCGCACGACGCCCCCGUCAACGCCCCCGUUCCCAUCAUCGACGACACCCAGGACACGGGCGUCACUGGUGGGGAACAGUGA